GAGGAGCAUGCCAUGUGCCUCAGUGUGUGUUGUUCCUUGGUGCAGUGAGGUAUAGGGUCGACAGCUGUCCUCACCGGAGACCCCGAUCGUCGCCAGUGAAAGAGCAUACGGUUUUGUGACUGAGAGUCGUGCCUGCUAUGUAACAAACGUUUGUUAUUAUACUGUAUAUAAGAUUCAUCCUGUCAAUUGGGUGUAUGCAGUGUAAGCCACAUACUGCAGCAUGUCUAUUGGUGCUUGCCGAUCGAAAAAGCUCUGUACUUAGCAAACAUGAUGGUGGUAUUAAUAUUAAUGAAGGCCUGUAGACAUUAUGUGAACCAAGAAGCACAGUUAUCAACAGUAUCAAUAUGACAGCCCCAGAUUUUUUUUUAGAAGGUUUGCUUUGCAGAAUGCGUACGUGAAUGAAUUUGCCGUGAAGCCUACUACCGGAUAUCGACUCAAGUGAUCGCAAGGAACCAUGGCGUUCGUAUUGCUGCCGUGUGACUUACCAACAUGGCCCACUAUCCAGCGUCACCUCCACUCUCUGCGAGGCACCUCCAGCCCGGAGCAUCUCUCGCAAGUCCUCUACACUCUACACUCUCUCUGCAAUGUGAGUAUUGACCCCGACAUGAGCGAAGCGCUGCCCGAGGAGAUGUUCGCGGGCGUGGAGCAGUUCCUUAGGCUGGAGGCUGACCCUGGGUUCUUCUCCACCACUCUCCCGACCAUGCUUGACGCGGCGCUCAGCCUCAAGGAGCUCAAACCCCCUCAGGGGCUCACAUACUCCCUCCAGCAGCAAGGGGAGGACCUGGUGCUGGAGCGAGAGUUGGCCUCGUCCCUGCUGGCCCACAUAUUCUUCUGCACCCUACCUCGCCGGAGCCCCAUCUUCCACCCCACGCUCUCCGACCCCUGCCUCGCUCCCACCCUCUCCUCCCUGCACAGGGAGAGUCAGCAGGUGAAGGUGCGGGCGCUGUUUCACUACUUCAAGAUGAUCAGCCAGCACGCACACCCUGGACACCUCACCUUCUCCAGGAAGGUGAUGGGAAGUAAGGACUUCAUAACCCUGAGAGAAUGGGCGAGGAGCGAGGAACCGCUGUGUUCUGUGGUCAUCCAACACGAAGGACGUCUGGAGGAUGCUUCCCCGCCCGCUCUCCUGACCUGCUUCACCUCUCCUGACCUCGCUAGACCCGCCCUCACCAGAAGCAACUCCCAGGAAGUGUGUGCCAUGCUGAGCCAACCAGAGUUGCUGGUAACUGCAGUGUUAGUAGAACGACUUGAGGACAACGAGGCUAUGCAGGUGUCCGGCGCCCUCAGGACCUCCACUGUCUCCAACCUCAAGACUAGACCCUCAUUCACGCCCAGGAAAAGCGUGAGCCCGCCAGAAAUGGUGCACGUGAUGAUGGACGCGGACGACUACCGUCAGUCAGAGGUAAUGCAGUACGAGGAGAUCAACGUACUGCGGGAGCUCAACAAGGCGCGAUUAGCGUUCACCCAGGACCUUCCAGACCCCCCGGCGAACCACUCUCUCUCUGAUAUUGUCUCCGUAUCCAGGCAACAUUCUCAUGGCAGCGCCUCACCUCCAGCAAGAUACCGAACACAAGUUUCCUCAGAUUCGUCUACAGGAGGAAACCAGGACGAGGCAGGCUCAUCCAGCCCAACAGAGCCGAGCAAGAAACACCUUCCCAGUAAAGGAUCUACAGCAGAAUGGGUAAAUGAGAGUGACACACACGUGUUGAAGAAAAAAGCAAAAAAUAAGAAGGUAGAGAUAAGAGAAAAGAGUAAAAUAUCUGGCGACGAACAAUUGGGCGAUGCAAAGUCGAAAGGAUUAACGACGAGUAAAUCCAAACGUGGAAAGAACAUCUCAAAAUCAGGUGACAAACAGAAGGAAAAAUCAACAGAGAAAGUCCAUAUCACAAUAGACGACAGAUUGACUAAAAAACAUGCGGAAGGAGUUAUGACAGCGACGCAGCAAGAGUCGGCAGGUAGCGCCUCUGCCGGCGAACACGUUUCAAGCUUCGUCACGGCGCCGUCUACACUUAGGCACCGGCCUAAGAAACCAAAAGGUGGGCGAUCUAAGGGUCCAGAUGGUGUGUCGUCGCCACCACCUGUGACUAAGCCCACGGGAGAUAAAGUGGAAGCCAAGAGUGCCGAAAGAGUAAAAUUCAACGUACAGGAGACGAAAGGAGUUGUGGGUAACAUCAUAGAGAAACCGGAAGAUCAACACGCCAAGUUUGAUGAAGAUGAGGAGACUACGAGACUGCUCAACAGGGUGAUGCGUGCUAUAGAGAGGUUAGAACAAGAGAGACCGGAGUUGGUGCAAAAGGCAACGAUGGAGGAACAAGUUCAGAACUCAAAUACCAUAUCUAAAGUCAAGGGCAAACCACCUUUGCCCGAGUCACGACCUCGAACCAGCACGGGUGUAGAUCCUCCUGAAGUAGGCGACCCCGAGGGCCUAAGAGGUGAAGGUUCACGCAGACGACGCAGUUCUAAGGACCAGUGUGCCUCCGGGUCCCGUCAGGGCACUCAGGAAGGAGGCCAACAGCCUUCUAGCGAGACCAAUAAUCGAGUUGGGUCAGCCGAGGACGGUAGAAGGCUUUCUCUCUAUUACUCUUGUGACUCCGCGCCCACAGCCCCCCAACCUGAGGAUGAUUCCUACUACAGCGCCUGUGAGAGCCUCGACGGUCAGGACGUUGCCAGACCCAGAAGACCCUCCAAGAAGAGGGGUAAAAAGACGCGACGGAAAUCCUCUUUUGCAGACAGGCUCAAAGAGGCUUUGGCUCGGAAGUCGAGUCUAGACUCAGAGCAGCUUGAUGUUACCCGCGCCCAGAGGGACCACGACACAGACGACCUCCACCCGAGAGUGUCAAGACAAGAGUCGGGAGGCUUCGUCCUGGAUGAUGAUCUUCCUCGAGAGUGUAGCAUGGAGCAGGAGGGUGAACGAGGGGACUCAGAUCUGUCUGAGGAUGACGGCGAGGCUGGAAGAGAGUUAGGGGAGGAGAAUGGGUCAGGAUCCUCUCGGUACUCCUUCAGUUCAGACUACAUCUCAGACCUGGAGGACGUGUACGAGCAGCUGGGGGCGGUGCUGGAGGAGCAGCAGGAGGGGCAGCUGGGGCCCCGGACCGCUGCCAUCGCCAGAUUCGCCCAUGGCCUCCUGAAGCGUGCCCUGAGCGAAUCGUAUAAGGACGUGACAUUGGGCCUGGACGGUUUGGCAGUAAGGGAUCCUGAUAGUGUGGGGGCCUUGCUCCCACGAUCCCUCAGCCUCUCAGAGCACCGACAGCCUGGCGCCCGCACGCUACGUCCACCGCCGCUACAUAAGCUCAAGGGGGAACGGGGCAAGCCCGUGGUGACGGGUAACUGGGGCUGCGGCUCUCUGCGGGGCGACCACCAACUCAAAGCUAUGAUACAGUGGGCGGCGGCCAGCAAGGCGGGGGCUCCUAAGCUCAUCUAUUACACUUACGGCCACCAGAACACUGUCAAGCUGGACAUAGUGUGUCGCUUACUGGGUGACCGCGGGUGGCGUGUGGGUGACUUAGUGUCCACACUCAUGAGGUACAGCGAGUCACGCCUCGACUCCUGGCGGCGUAGGGAGACGGAACUCACAGAAUCAGCAGACUCCUCUCUCCCGGAGUCUCACAGGUACCGAAGUCCAUCGCUUGAGUCCCUCACGCUCUUCGACGAACUUAUUGGCGCCGACCGACCCUUCAUCAUCAUGGAGACGGAACUUUGACAGCCACCCCGCCCAGUUCUUCUGUCUAAAUUGUGCACGCUUUGUGCUUCCCAUCUGUCAGUGUCCGUGACCGCCGUAUUCACCCAAACACACCUGUCACAUCUGUCAAUUGGUGACCAGCAUGACCCUCCUCACACGCCUCUCACUGUUCUAGUGAGGCGCCCCUCCCCCCCCCCCCCCACACACACACACUUGUCAGCAAUAGUACCCAACCUGAUUCAACCAACGCACUUAAGUCGUUGUAAGUGGCCACCGUCAUCCUCCUCACACACCUGUCAGCGUGACAGCAGUUCGUGAGUCUGUUAGUACAUCUGUUACACGAUUUAAACAAUGGUAAUUUAUCUCGCAUCUGGUAAUGUGUCAAUGGAGAGUGUUAUACACACACACGGUAUAUCAUAUAUAUAUAUAUAUAUAUAUAUAUAUAUAUAUAUAUAUAUAUAUAUAUAUAUAUAUAUAAAUAAAUAAAAUGAAAAUAAUUUUCAGGCGUUACAAAAAUGUGUAUCAUUUCCAAACAUUUACAUGAACAUAUAAUUCUCAGUAUAAACUUGCAGAUAAUAAAAACACGAGUAAAUUCCAUUAAAUAAAUUACACCUCCAUUUGUUAAUGACAUAUAUGUAAACAAUAAUUUUUUACGGCUGUGCCUUCUCAUAUUUUUAAUAAAACUACAUGUAUAAAG